AUGAGUGGUAAACAAGCACCAGCGAAAACGACUACACCAAAAUCGACAGUUAAUCAAUCCCCAACACCACAAGCAGCUUCUGCUCAACGUCGUCCUGGUCCUCCACCUCAAAGUAAUUCACCGGCUGGUCGAUCAAAUGUUACAAGCACUACUUCUGCAACUAAAGGACCUAAUAAACUUAAUUCACCUGCAAAAAAUCAAGUGGCAGCUAGUCCACUUCCAGUCGUGAAAUCAGCAACACUACGAGAAGUUUCAGAAAAUGCUCAAUAUUUACCACCAAAUAUUCAUUCGAUUUUUAUAUCAUCAGCAACUCAACAAGCCUUACAAUUAAGUGUUGAUGAAGAUGUCACACAAGAAAAUAAUACAAAAAUGAUUGAUAAAGAAGUUCUUCUUAAAGAUAUAGAAAGUCUUGGACAAGGUUCGAAUUUUUAUGAAUUCAAAGAACAAAUACAAAAUUAUCCAGAAAAUGAAAUUGCUAUUGUUUAUGAUUAUGAUUAUUAUUAUUCACAAAAUUUUCUUAUUUGUUUUGAUCCUUUAUUGAAGAAUUUUAUUGCAAAUCCACCUGUUACAUUACCAAUUCAAGAAGCAGAUGAUACUGAACAAUAUGUACCACCAGAACCGAAAACAUGGAUAUCACUUGGAAGUGAAGUUGAAAUUGAAAAUGAACGUUUAAUAACGAAUCGACCACUUAAACGUUUUAAAAUCAAAGUUCCAUCACGUUCAGCAAAAGCUGUUGCACCAAGUGAAAAAUUCAAGGAUGUUGAUCCUGAUAUUGAUCGAAAAAAAAAUAUUAUUUGUAUUGAACAAUAUGAAGAUAAACAAUUUGAUUUAAAAAAAAUGGAACUUGACAGUAGUGUUCAGGCAGCAGCAGAACAUCGUGAAAAUUCUUCUCAAACAAUUUGGCGUUAUCCAAAAAAUCAAUGGACUCAAUACGAAGCACGUACAUUUACAGACGAAGAACAAACAAAAACGAUGAAGGAUGAACAAUUAAUAGAUAUGAUCAUGCAUUCACAAGAUUUAUUUAAGGAAGCUCUUCAACAAAAUGUAAUUCAUAAUCCAUUUUAUCUUGAUUGGAAUGAACUUGGUGGUGAUCUUGAAGGAUUAGGUGGACCAGGUGAUUCACAUCUUAGAGAAUAUCAAUCAUUUUCAUCUAUUAAACAAUCUCGAGAUAUGAUUGUUACAUGUAUUCAAUGGCAUCCAACAAUACGAGGUAUUAUUGCUGUAUCACUUGCUGCUGGACAAAGUUUUGAUGAACGAGCAGAUAAUAUGAGUCGUACGAUAACAUCACCAUCGUUAAUUUUUAUGUGGUCAUUUGUUGAUCCAAUUCAACCAAAAUUAUAUUUGGAAGCUCCAGAUGAUAUACAAUGUUUUCAAUUUUCACCUACAGAUCCACAUGUUAUAGCUGGUGGUUGUGUGAAUGGACAAGUUGUUAUGUGGGAUAUUAAAGAAUAUGAAGAUCGUAUUAGAAAUCCACGUGGUGAUCAUCGUGAUAAAGAUUUAUUUAUUCCUGGUUAUGAAGAUGAAAGUUUUUUUCAAACGCCACAUAUUCGUUUUUGUGCUGUUUCAAGUAUUGAAAAUGGUCAUUCAGAACCUAUAACAGAUCUCCAAUGGAUUCCUGAUCAUUUUCAGAUUACUACUCAAGGUUUACCAACAGAGAAUCUUUCCAUGACUUGUUCUCAAAUAAUGACCUGUUCAUUUGAUAGUCAAGUUCUUCUCUGGGAAACUCGUCCACCACGUGGUGGUGCUAAACCAUUAUCAAAAAAAGAACGAGAAAUUAUUAAUCCUAUGGGUGUUCCAUUAACAUUCAAACAUUUAGAUCUUACUUGGAAACCAUUUCUUCGUUUAAAUUUACAAAGUCCUGAAGCUGGUCAAGUUGAUUUUGCUCCACGAAAAUUUUCAAUUCGUGAAACUCAAGGUGAUCGAGAAGCAUUAUCUAAAGAAGAUCAAAAUACAUUUGAAAAGAAAAAAGAACCUAGUGGUGGUCAAUUUGUUAAUCCAGUUGAUGAAGCAAAUAAAUCUAUAUCACAAGCUAAAGCAAAAAUUCUUCAAAAAAUUGAUACAUUCUUUUAUGUUGGAACAGAGAAUACAAAUAAAAUACGGAUAAAAGAUAGAUUAUAUUAUUUUAAACGAAGUAGUCCCGGACGACGAUUUGACAUUAAUCGACGAUUUCGAGAUGGACAAUUGGUUUAUCAAGAUUGGAUGCCACAAAAAGAGAGUGAUUCAACAAAAUUUUCGACACCAAAAGCAGCUUGGUCAUCUGGUGUUGUUGAUGGUCCUGUUGUUGCACUUAAACGUUCACCUUUUUUUAAAGAUGUUCUACUUAUUGCUGGUGGUUGGAUAUUUCAAAUUUGGCGAGAAAAAGUUCAUUCUGGUUCACUUUUACAUACUGCACCAUUAAAAGAAAAAAUAACUGAUGUUGAAUGGUCUCCAACAAGACCAGGUGUUUUCUUUGUAUCGAAACAAAAUGGAGGUAUUGAUGUUUGGGAUUUAAUCGAUCGAACACAUGCUCCAUCAAUAUCACAAUCGAUAUCUAAUACAGCUUUAACUUAUCUUAGUAUAAAAACAAUAUCAUCUAAACAACAACUUUUAGCAGCUGGAGAUAGUAAUGGUACAGUUCAUAUACUUGAAAUACCACAAUCAUUACGACAACCAAUUAAUCAAGAAUUACAAGUUGUAACAAAUUAUUUACAACGUGAAACUGAACGACGUGAUUUUGUUAAACAUCGUUGGAAUUUACGUGAAGAAGAAAAACGUGAAAAAGAACGUUUAUCAGCGAUGAAAAUGGGUAUUGCUCCAAGUCAUAUUCCAACACAAGAUGAAAUUGAUAUACGAAUGAAAAAUGAAUAUAAUGAUUUUAUUCAAUUUGAAUUUAGUGUUUUACAAGAAAUGGGUUUACGAGAUGAAAAUGAAGCGCCUGUUAUUGUACCAGCGAAUUAA